AACGAAAACACGUUUAGGAGUUGGACAGAAAUGUGAGGCCAACUUUGGCAACUUUAUCACAUUCUUCUCAUUUCUUUCACAAUACAUAUAGAAAAAAAUAGAAAUACCACAUUAACUAAUUCGGAUCCAUCUUUCUCAAAAAAAAAAAAAAAAAAUCGGAUCCAUCGUUCAAUCUAAUAUCUCCAACGGCCAAAAACAAGGCAAAUUCUCAAACCCUAGUUCACUUUUCCGAUCCGAUCUUUUCCACUCAGGAUGGAGCUGAAGUGAAAACUUUUGGUUUUGGAAUUCUUUUAAUAAAAUAUUGGAUAAAUGUGGACAAAUGCGGUCGAUGUGGUUGCUAUGCAGUUGCAGAGGCUUCUGAAACCUUCAUAUUGUGGCUGCUAUUGCGGUUGUACACCGCAAUUUACAACUAUGGAAAAACGUCUAAAUGAGUCGUCCACAGGAUCCACCCAGAUCAUUUUUCCCUUUUGGAAAUCCUUUCCGGAAUAUCUCACCUAAAGGCACUAAGUUAUCUCCGCAACUGCUGGCAGUAAUAUGUGCUUUUGAGGCAUCUUUGGAAGAGAGGCUGAAAAAUCUUAUUCCCAAAAGCAAGGAUGAAGUCCUCAGCUUUUCUUGGAUGACUUUGGCUAUGCAGGCACUUCGUGAAAGUCACAAUGGCAUUAAGACCCUCAUGACAGACCUUGAGCUUCCCGUGCAUGAUUGGGAUGAGAAAUGGAUAGAUGUGUACUUGGACAUUAGUGUGAAGUUGCUGGAUAUAUGCAUUGCAUUUAGCUCUGAGUUAUCACGUCUGAACCAGGGCCAUCUUUUACUUCAGUGCACAUUGCACCAUCUAAGCUCCUCCUCAUCAGAUCAGUUUAUCAGGGCAUGCUCUUUACUUGAUGGUUGGAGGCAGCAUAUUAGUUCUAAAAACCCUAGAAUUGAAAAAUGUGGCAGCAUUUUGGAUAAUCUGGUCGGGUCAUCUGAUAUGCCAAAGGUUAAAAAGUCAGACAAAGGGAAGGUUUUGAUGCAAGCUAUUUAUGGAGUAAAGGCGCUGACAGUUUUUGUUUGCAGUGUGUUUGCUACUGCUUUUUCAGGUUCUACAAAGAACUUGAUGGAUUUGGAUGUAGCUGAUGUGUAUUCUUGGGCUCCUACUUUUAAAGGUCUGCAGAAUCUUGUAAAUGAGGAAAUUAAAGUUAGAUUUUCAAAUGGGAAAUUUACUGUAUUGUAUGAGUUGGAAGCAGUUGAUUCUUCUGUAAGGGAAUUAUACCCUACAAUCCGAGGUGUUGUAGAUGUCAUUGAGACAGAAUCACAUGCAAAGAUUGUCGAUAAAUUAGGCGGAGCAGCAGAGAAUUUCUCUCAGGGAUUAGAUCUUCUUGCAAAGGAAGUGGAUGGUUUUUUCCAGGUGGUCAUGUCUGGUCGCGAUGCCUUGCUAUCUAGUCUGAGGUCAGGUGCAACUGUCAAUGACCGCAUCUUGGGGGGUAACAGAGAUGCACAAGUUGUCAAUUGAAUAUGUUGUAGCCCACAUCUGGUAUAUACCGAUGGGUCUAGGAUAAUGUUAUUCAAUCUUGUUUGGCUUAUGAUAUUGAAGUUAUCUUUAGUAAUAGGUUAUAUAAUUGUAUUAUUGAGCUGAAAUGUAUAUUUGUGAUACUCUGUGUAACAAUGUACCAUAAAAUAUGUAUGAAAAAUGUUCUUUGUGCUCAAAGAGGUUGGUUA